AUGGACGACAGAUCGAAAGCCGAUUCAGUGAUCAGCUCUUUUUUCAACCAAUACGUCGAGAAAAUAUCAUUUUACAAAAGCCUUCUCGUGGCAGUUGAAAAUGAAUGCCACUUUACCCUGGCUGAACAGGAAAUAUCUCAUUUCACAGAGAGCCGGGUUAAGGACCAUCAAAGCCUUUGGAAAAAGCUGAAUCAGCGUAAAGGUAAUGCUCAAUAUUCCUCUGUCGAGGAUAUAGAAGAUGAUAUCGUCGAUGUCUGCGGUGUUCGCAUUAUCUUUCAUUAUCCGACGGAUCAGCAUGAAAUCAAAGUGCUUCUGGAGAGCAUUUUCGACAUUCAAGACGUGAAAUGUCACUCGGGUGGCCAAGAGCAUACACAAAACCAGCCAAUUGGUGAAUGGGGCUAUCAAUUACCACUCCCCGAUUAUAUUGGCACCCACUACCGUGGCUUUGUGAAGCCAAAGAUCUUUCAGGAACAUUUUGAGGAUCUCUCGGCAGCAGAUCGACGCUUCGCAGCUGGUACGAUGAUUGAAAUACAAGUGAGAUCUAUCCUGGACGACAUAUGGGCCAGAUAUGCGCAUUCCAUAUACAAAUCGGAAGUUCCAACCCAUGAAAGUCAAGGGGCGAUGCUCAGAAAACUUCGUGUAGGCUUGGAAGGUGUUAGAGAGGUCACGAUCGAAAUGCAAAAAUUCGCAGUCCGCGAAGAGGAGGAAAGUAACCGAAAGUUUGAGACCAAUGAUGAAGUCGGGACAUGUUUCCGAAAGCUUAUCAAGGCAGAAUGCGGGGUUGAAUACAUUGACCACAGGGGUGUGUCUUCUGAAGCAUUGAGAUAUCUCCUCGAAUCGAUCGACAAAAGCACCCCAGGCUCUUUGCAUAAGCUUAUCAAAUCCUACAAUUUUUGCGACGGGCCCGACUCCAAGUACGAGGAAAUCAGACGACUUUAUGGGCCUGUGGAAUUCAACAUUGUGCUCUAUCUGAUCGAUCGGGUAUUGCUGUGCCACAACAGCCAGGACGAGGCCAUCCUGGAGAAAGAAGCAGUUCCCGCGAAAAGAAAAAUGCAGAUACUGAUGAGCACAAUCUUGUGGAUGGAUAAGCUUCUUCGGUCUUCAUUCGUGUGGAAACUAAAGCUUGCCAGUACCCCAUCUCAGAAGAAUCCGAUGAAGGGUCUCGAAUGGCUCUCAAGGGCGCGCCAACACGGCAUGUUGACAAAGGGAAACGAAUUAGACAACAAAGACAAAGCCAUUCUGGACGAAUUGUGGAACUUGUUUGAAAAUCAUGACCAGCGACCAAUCAAGCUAGCUUUCGCCAUGUCGAGCCGCGGAAUGAUCAGAGAUGUUGUACGCGAAAGACAGGAAGUGAACAGAAUCAUCGAAGAGUUAAUUGUUACGCCCAAUUUCCGAUCCCAAAAAAAGGUGACAUGGAUGGAAUACAAGUGA